AUGGAGGUUUCCUUGGUUAAUUUGAACGAGGAAUACAAGUCUCUAUCUGAUAAGAGAAGUCGCAGUUCAAGCCCAGUUAAAGUUGUAGAGGAAAAGUUAGCAGAAAUAUCAGCUUCCGCGGUAUCCUCAGAAAAACAAGAAGAGAUUGUUGACUACGAAGAGCUUGCCGAUAUUCCCGUGGACGGCUUAACUUUAGAAGCGAUAGAAAAGUAUAAGAAGAACAAACCGAAGAAGGUCUUAUCUGCAGAGAAAGAGCGGGAUAUUCUCGCCCUUGUUAGCGAGCUGGAAAAGUCUUUUGAGGUUUCUUCUCGAUAA